AAGUGCAGAGGCCUAAUCACUAAUCGAUACUAUCGCACUUAUGCCAUUCACCCAGUGACGCACACACCCGCUUCACAAUUCAAACGAACGGCAUUUUAUUUCACAGGACCCGGGAAUCGUGAAUGUUUUACCCAAUAGUGACUUUUUGGCCUUUAGUAUCUGACCAAAUUCUGUUAAACGUUUUGUGCUUGUGCCGCCAUGUCCCAUCCAUCCGACCAUGUGUUGCGUUCCAAGGAAAAUGCCCUGGCUAGGAAGCCGGAAACAUCAGCCGCCCUCCACAACUUGCAGAAAAAAAACUUGCUUUUGGCAAAAAAGCCCACCAGCGAGAAUGUGGCUCCAGGCGGCAAGCCCCUUCCUGGAUCAUCUGGUACUGUGUUCAGGGGUGUGACGGCUGGUGUGCGUCCGCCCAAUAAACUGGGGUCAGGAGCCCCCAAUUCGGCAGCUCCUUUGGCAGGAAGCAAGUUCCAGAAGCCACAGAUGCCACCAGUAAAGAAGGUCACCUCGGAGUUUGUGGCGCCCGCUCCAGUGGCACCCGUCAAGAAGCCCGAAAUAGUCGCAAAACAGAUACACCCUGCUUCAGGCUCGGAAUCCUCAACAGAAUCUAGUGCUUUGGUGGCCAGCAGCUCGGGCAGCACUACCGAUAAGGAGAAAGUCAAGACUGAAACCCAGCCUCAAAAGCCCAAGAAGACCUGGGAGCUGAAUAACUUUGAUAUAGGUCGCCUGCUGGGCCGCGGCAAGUUUGGAAAUGUUUAUUUGGCGCGCGAAAAGGAGUCGCAGUUUGUGGUGGCCCUAAAGGUGCUGUUCAAGCGCCAGGUAGGAGAGUCGAAGGUGGAGCACCAGGUGCGCCGGGAGAUCGAAAUACAGUCGCACCUGCGACACCCGCACAUCCUUCGUCUGUACGCCUACUUCCAUGACGAUGCGCGCAUCUAUCUGAUCCUGGAGUACGCGCCCCAAGGGACCCUGUUCAAUGCUCUGCAGGCACAGCCGAUGAAGCGGUUCGAUGAGCGCCAGUCGGCUACCUACAUCCAGGCGCUGUGCUCGGCGCUACUCUAUCUGCACGAGCGGGACAUAAUCCACAGGGACAUCAAGCCGGAAAACCUUCUGCUUGGCCACAAAGGCGUGCUGAAGAUCGCCGAUUUCGGCUGGUCCGUGCACGAGCCCAACUCGAUGCGCAUGACGCUGUGCGGCACUGUGGACUACCUGCCGCCUGAGAUGGUUCAGGGCAAGCCGCAUACCAAAAACGUGGAUCUAUGGAGCCUGGGUGUGCUCUGCUUUGAACUGCUGGUGGGCCACGCCCCCUUCUACUCGAAGAACUACGACGAGACCUACAAGAAAAUCCUAAAGGUGGAAUACAAGUUGCCGGAGCACAUAUCCAAGGCAGCCGCUCACCUAAUUUCCAAGCUAUUGAUCCUCAAUCCACAGCACCGUAUGCCGCUGGAUCAGGUGAUGGUGCACCCAUGGAUAGCGGCGCACACGCAGUGAACCCACCGAAUCCAUUCAUACUUAAUUUUGAGUUAUUUCCUUUUAAUUCACAGUUUUAGUUAAGGCUCGCCGCGUAAUUUAAUUAUGGCAUCUUAAAUUUUCAUUUAGCCAGAUUCGAGAAAUUAACAUUUAUGAAUUAAGUUUAUUAUAAUCAUUAACCAAUAAAGUUUGUGUGUGUGUGUUUUCGAA